AUGGCCCAAAAUACAGAGUUGUUUGAUGACCUUGUGGAAAAAGCCAAGGUUGUAGAGGAGACUUUGCCUAAGCUAGCUUGUUCGAUAGUGGCUGAGUCUAGUAAAAGGGCUUCCAAUGGUGCUUUUAGACGUCUGCCCAAUAGGGGGCGUGAUAAUUACGUCUCUUGUAGGGGUGCAAGACCCUCACAGGUUGAGUCUAGAGGUCCAGCUCAGGUUUAUGCUGUUAGGGAACCUGAGGAUCAAGAUCCAACUAAUGUUAUUAUAGGUACUUUCACUUUGCAAUCUAUUCCGUUGCUUUCUUUGGUUGAUUCCGGUUCUACACAUUCAUAUAUUCUGAGUGAAUUAGCUUGUAAGUUAGGGAUUCCUGUAAAGACUAUUAAUUUGGGAAUGAUUGUAACUAGUUCCCUUGGAGAUAGUGUUGUUGCAAAUAAGGUUUAUCGUAGGUGUCCUCUUAGGAUACAAGGACACAUUUUCUCUGUUGAUCUCAUGGAACUACCAUUUUAUGGAUUUGAUGAUAUUUUGGGCAUGGAUUGGUUAAUUGAGCAUAAGGCUAAGGUAGAUUUUAAGACUAAGCAAAUUACCUUGAUAAAUAGUGAUGGGUUGGAAAUUGUUGUUGUUGGUGAAAGACUGGGUUUUAUAUCUAAUAUGGUUUCAGCUAUGAAGGCUGAGAAGUUGAUGGGUAAAGGUUGUGAAGCUUAUUUGGCUUAUGUGAUGAAUUCGGUUAGUAAGGAGUUAAGAGUUCAGGAUAUUCGAACCGUUAGGGAUUUCCCUAACGUGUUUCCUGAAGAGUUUUAUGGCUUGCCGCCAGAAAGAAAAAUGGAGUUUGGAAUUGAGCUUUAUCCUAGUAUUACACAGGUGCGCGUUGCAUCCUACUACAUGACACCAAAAAUGUUCAAGGAGUUAAAGAUUUAG